GUUUCAAUUUCAACUCUUUUUCUCUCUCUCUGAAAAUGUGUGGGGGUGCUAUCAUUUCUGAUUUCAUAGACGUGAACUUGAAGCGUAGCAGGAGAUUCACACCCGAGAACCUCUGGUCUGAGCUAGACACUUUCUCUGACCUCGUUGGUUUCGACGCCACCUCCUCUUCUAAACACCAACCAUCCCUCCACCACUUUGAUCAACCAAAGCUGUCUCUUAUUCCAAACAACAAAGUGGUGAAGGUGGAGAAAAAAAUAGUUAUUGCAGAAAAGGGAACAAGUAAGAAUGGUGAGAAUCAAAGUGAGGGUAAGGCUAAGCGAACUCGGAAGAAUGUGUAUAGGGGAAUCAGGCAAAGGCCAUGGGGCAAAUGGGCUUCCGAGAUAAGGGACCCACAUAAGGGUGUACGUGUUUGGCUCGGAACCUUCAACACCGCCGAAGAAGCCGCCCGGGCCUACGACGGCGCCGCCAAACGCAUCCGCGGAGACAAGGCCAAGCUCAACUUUCCCCACCAUCCUGUCAAGAAGCGGUGCCUCAGCCCCGAGUUAACUCAGCCGAGUUAUCAACUCACUGGUGAAGCCCAGGUCCAGGAUCCUGAGUUGAAACAUCAAAUCUCGAGCCUGGAAUCGUUCCUUGGUUUGGAGCACGAGCAGCCUCAGUCGUUCGUUGGUGAGUGGGACUCGCUUUACAGUGACACGUGGAUGCUGGACGACGUCGUUAUGCCCAACUGUCAUCCGUUCUGAAAAUGGGAUUCGAAAAAUGGAAACAUUAUCAGGUGGUGGCCUGGUGGGUGACUUUAUUUAGCUUCUUCAUUC